AAAACAAAACUCAAGCAGCACAAUCAGCACAAUCAUAUUUUGUGCUGCACACCUGCCGUUGAAGAUCGCUCGAUCGUCCUUAGCGCUCGACCACGACUCAGCUGCCCGUCUUGUCUUGCCUCUCCCGCCAGACAGAAACACCUGUUCCGUUCAUCGGGAACCUCACUGGGUGCCGUGCCCGCGGAUUCCACAUUAAAUCUGACUUCAUGGGAAAUUGAUCUCCAAUUUCGAUUAUGGACUUUCGGUCUUUACCCAAGAUAGAGCUACAUGCUCACCUGAGUGGAAGUAUUAGUCGAGAAUGCCUUCAUGAGGUAUGGCUUCAGAAAAAGGAGCGAGGAGAGACGACGUUGGAGGACCCUUUGGUUGAGAUGCCAGCUGGUAAGUUUGAUUAUGAUUUAGAUACCUUCUUUCCACUUUUCUCGAGAUACAUCUACUCUCUCUGUAAUGACCUCUCUUCCUUGAUCUACACUACAAACUCCGUUCUUGAAGACUUUCAAGCAGAUGGAGUUGUCUAUCUCGAGCUUCGCACAACUCCUCGAGCCAUUCCAUCAGCCAACAUUACGAAAGUUGACUAUGUCCAGACAACUCUCGACUGCAUCUCAAAAUUCAAUGCCUCAUCCUCCAUGAAAACACACUUGAUCCUCUCUAUCGAUCGUCGGAACGAUCUCCCUGUCGCUCUCGAAGUCGUGGACCUUGCCAUCAAAUUUCGAGACCAAGGUGUCGUUGGUAUUGACCUCUGCGGAGACCCAGCGGUAGGGGAGGUAGCCAUCUUUCGACCAGCAUUCGAGAAAGCCAAGAAAAAUGAUCUCGAGAUCACCAUCCAUUUCGCUGAAGCCCCUCAGUCAUCAACUGCACAAGAACUAUGGACCUUGCUCUCAUACAACCCUGAUCGAAUCGGCCACGUGAUCCACGUUCCAGAAGACGUGAGAGAAGAGAUCGUCAAGAGUAAACUGGGACUUGAGCUCUGCUUGAGCUGUAAUGUCCAUGCCAAGAUGAUCGCAGGCACUUAUUCGGACCACCACUUUGGAUGGUGGAGGGAGACGGGAUGUCCGAUUGCGCUGAGCACCGACGAUGUCGGCAUCUUUGGCAGCGCUCUCUCAAAUGAGUACGCGCUUAUUGCAGAACACUUCGGACUCGAUAGAAAGCAGACCUGUGAUCUUGCUCGAGGAGCUAUCGACACCAUAUUCGGAAGUGAAGAGGAGAAGAAGAGGUUGAGAGAGAUAAUGUGGAAAUGAAAGUACAUGGCCUCGCGACUAGUGC